CAACAUGGCGACUGCAAGCGGUGCAUUCGAAAAAUCCUGAGUUAUUAUUCGUUCGAGUCAGCUACUUUAAGAAAAUAUAAGAAUGUAAUGAAAGUUGUUUACAUUCACAUCAAGAAAACUUGUUUUUGAUAUCAGAGGUUCAAUUCUCCCAAAUCCAACUGCAGAUAAGUCGUUUAAGAGUUUAGUUCCUCUUCAUUUAUUUUUCAAUCAAGUCGGAGCUUGUUCUCAUUCAUCGUUCACAGAACUGUCAGUCACAGAGCAGCAACUGCUUCUGGCUUAAGAAGUCUUUCAAGUAAGACCACUGGGAAGUCUUCACGAUGGAAGAUUCUCAGGACAUCAACGUCAGCUGCCCAUAUGUCAUACGUGGGUCUGAUUACUUUGUCAGUUUGGAGUGCAAAGGUGACGAGUCCAUGACAGUACAGGUGGAAGAUCGCCUCUCUGCAGACCAGUGGCGAUCAACAUUUGAUGCUCAGUAUAUUGAAGAUUUAACUCACAAAACUGGAAACUUUAAGCAGUUCAAUAUCUUUGCAAAUAUGUUGGAGUCUGCCAUUUCUAAGGCCAGUGACAGUGUCAUCCUUGACCUGCUAACCUACAGUGACCUUGAGACGCUUAGGCAUAAAAAAAGUGGCGUUUCGACUUCUGCAAAGUCCAGCAUUCCAGCUCCCAGGUCACAGCACCUGACCUCCAAGAGAUACCUCAUCCUAACCUACACAGUGGAGUUUGACAGAAUACACUACCCCCUUCCUUUGCCAUAUGUGGGUAAGCCGGAUCCUCGUGCCCUUCAAGAGGAAAUUCGUAGUCUGCGCUCAGAAAUUCGGUGCUUGAAGCAACGGCAGCCAAAUGGUGAAGUCAAAAUGGAAAAAGUUCUAAAAGAUUUUCGUCGUCUCGAGAGAGAAAAGCAUGAAUUGGAACAAGAGUUUGCUGCCUUCCGCCGUGAAGUCCGUCUGACAUCUGGCGGCAGUGCUGUCAAGGACAUCCGAGCUCUGAAGGCCAUGGUUCGAAACCUGGAGGACCAGCUUAUGAAAGAGAAGACGAGGCACCAGAGGUCUACGAACAAACGAGGUCAGGAGUACCGGGAUCUGCUGGAGGAGGUGGAGGAGCUGCGAGCUGCUGAAAGAAAUCUGCGGGUGCGAGUGAAGAGCUUGACCAAUGAAUUAGCAAUGUACAAAAGGGGCAGACCACAGGCAAGAACGAAUUCCAGAGACCGUGUUGGUUCUGGAGACAGGCUCAGCGCUUCUAGACAACGUUCCCUCUCUAAUGACCGGCUGCCUACUGGCAGAUCAGGUUCCAGUGAUCGCCUGACCAAAACACGACAAAUGUCCCGCGAGAGACCGCCUUUUGUUCGGAGGUCGAAUUCAACAGAAAAUAUUUCCCACUCUUCACUGAAUAAUGGCAGUGGAAUUCGGGCUCGUUCAAAUUCUUUUGAUCGUAACCUGUCAGUAAAUCGGAGUCGUCUCUCUACAGGGUCAGGGAGGAGUCGGACACCAUCCCCAGCAGUGUCUAGGAAAUUCAAUCCCACAGCAUACAUCAAGGAGAAAGAGAGAAAACAGAAAGAAAUUAAUCUUAAAAAACGCAGAGAACAGAAAUCAAACUUGUCAGGACUUUCGUCUCGAUCCAAGCAAUCUGUUAACAGCAGUAGACAUUCAGCAUACAGUCAAAGAUCAUCUAGAGAGAAUUCAAUUGGAAGUCAAGGGAAUAUGAGUGAUGGUUACGCAUCAGAUGGUUCUUACACGGGCAGAUUACGGCCCCCCUCCGGCAGAGGUGGUGAGCAGAGACUAGGAGGAUCUGAUCUAGGGGAUAGUCCUGCUGGGCCAAGAAUCAAGCCAAGACGUCUUGUUAAUGGAAAAACAAUCAACCAUCUAGCCAGCACACCAGACACUGGCUUCGGCAAGACCCAGGCGAGGACGCGCAGACAGCCACGUGUAGCAGACAGUGGGGGAGAGGAGGAUGACAGCGAAGGUUUUGACCGGUCUGCUGAAAUCAGCGAAAUUGAUGAGCGUCUGGACCGUCUCCAACAGCUGAUGAAAGCGACAAUGCCUUGACCUUGGUGGUAUUAAUGUGACCGUCACCUGAAUGUAACCAACUGUCAAAUGACCAGUAGCACAAUCAUUCCCUUCCAUGUGUAGAAAGCAGCAAGGGUACUGCCAGGUUCCUGAACAGGAUUGUUGAAAACAAGAAUAGAGUUGAUGAAGAUGCAUGUUUCCUUUUUACUUUUUUACCUUGAUCAGGACACCAACAGCACUUCUGAUCUGAUUCCAGGCACUGCAUCUAUGCUGGUAUCUGUUAAUUUCUCCUUUUUUUUUUUUCAAUUUGGAAUCAAAGACAUGAAAAUGUUUCAAUAUCUGAAAAUCAAAAGAAUUAGCUCCAGCUUUAUAACAUGUUACCCACAGGGUGAAAAGGCUUCCUGUCUUUUCGUUGAGCAUUUUACUUUGUACAUUUGGGUAUGAGUCACGUCCAAAAAGAUUUAUCCAUCCAAAGCCCUUACUGCUUAGUUGAAGUGCUGAAGUGAAAAUGUGUGUGCAUCUGAGUGUGAGACUAGAAAGUUAUGCUCUGUGUUACUCUUUUCCCUCACAUGGUUAAGUUGGGUUUUGACCUUCUCCUUCAUAAAACUACGCGAAUCAUUAUUACCACUGCAGUUUUAAUGCAGUUUAACCAAACUAUCAUUCCUGGUUUCUCCUUCCCCUGUUCCCGGCCAAGUGUGAUGACAUAGUAGAAGUGUCGAGUGAAAUCAAUGAAAUGAUGUGUGCCUACACAUAAGCAGUAUAGGAACUGUGUGCACUCUGGGCCAUUUGCAGUGCUCUUUAGAGAUAAUUUAAUUUUGUCAGCGCCGGGUAUCCCCAAUGGCUUGUGGAAGCCUCUUUCUUUGAUGUAACACUUCACUCAUUGUGGAAAGGCUGGUCAUGUAGUGGAUGGUUUCUCAAAACAAACAGUGGGCUUUUGGGGGGGGGGGGGGGGGCUGGGCUUCUCUUUACUUUAUCGAGAGGCUUUCUUUGGGUAAUGUAUACAAGAUUUGAGGAAGGACUGGGAAAGCCAAGACAUCUGUAGUAGUUGUUUUUCUACUGCUGGGCUAGCGGAUGAGUUUGUGACAAAUGUUCUCCACAGUUUUAAUAAUUGAGUUUGUCACACGCAGAAGACAGUUAUUCCCCUAUGAAGAGGCUUUUUUAAAUUCAGUAAUUCGUACCUGUCUGCUGAGAAGUUGUAUCCUUCUCAGCUCGGGUUGACCCUUACAGGCAGCGUUUUGCCGCCCGCCUCUCAUAUGAUCUAAAUUGUGUGUCAAUUAUUUAAUUAUAAUGUUCCUACAUUCGUGAUCUCUUUAGUUUGACUUUGUGAAUCAUAAGGAAUUUUACUGAGAAAGUACAUAGAGCUAUGCCAUAGAGGAUUAUAAAAUCUUAUUUGUAAGAAACUCAAUACCUUAGUAUUACUAUUACUAUAGACAAAGUUGCCCUUUGUUUUUCUCUUAACAGUAGCAAGUAAGAAUAUUGUACUGACAGUAAAACUUAUCUGAGCGGUAUCGGUAUUACAGUCAAACCUGUGUAAGGCGGCCGCCAUUUGUCAAGGAGAAAAGUGGCUGUAUAAGACAGGUGGCCGUCUUAGGCAGGACUUAUCAAAAUGGAAAAAAAAA